AUGCUCAAUUCUACCGGCAAGAAGGAAUAGGAUUGAGAAAGGGAAAACAGUUUGGGUUUUUUUUUUUUCUGAAAUUUUAACAUUUUCCUUCAUUUCCGGAUCCAAGUGUUUGGGUUUCGUGCAAUGUUUUGUGGGUCAAUGUUUUGUGGUUUUUUGGUUUUCUGGUGCAAGAGGGUGCUUGCGGUGGAGGAAGUGGUGAAUGCAAGGUACGGAGUGAUUGAGCAGUGGGCAUUGUUGUUGAGGAAUGCGUGGCCUAAGGUUUCUAUGGUUUGUAAGAUUUUCAAAGACCAAGGUGUGAUUCUGACCGCACUUUAGGUCUAUCUGCAUUAUUCUCAAUGGCAGAGACUUCUAUAACUACACUUGUGGCCAUGGAAGGUUUGCUUUCUUUGUUUGAUGAUUGAUGAUUCUUGUAAUUAGUGAAUAGCAAUUGAAAUUUGAAUUUCAUUUGUGAGCUGAAUCAUUGGUUAGUGUUCUUUCCCUGUUAUCCACAAGCUGCUGCAUCUUUAUAAUGUUAAGAUACUGCUUUAUUUCAUUAUUUUUUGCACUUUUAAGAUUUCUGACCUAGUUCCCUCUAUUUGUCUCAGAGCCAUUCUAUGGUACAAUUUGCCUAUACAAUAGGGAGAGAAGAGAAAAAUUGUCAGAAGAUUUCUAUUUUAGCAUUCUACCAACUGAAAUGCAGGAUUUGAUUAUGAAAUUGUUUCUCAUAGGUGAUUAGAAUUCAAUGUUUUGGUACGUCUAGUAGGAAGGGAUGUUUAUUUCUCAGAAAUAUUAAUCGACUGGAGUUUGGUGAACAUUGACAUUUUAAAAAAUGAGAGAAAACAAAGCAAUAAAAAAACCUGGUGAUGCAGCUGUUGUGCAUUUGAACUUAAAUUGUUACAUUGCAUGCUAUGUGUUCUCAUUUUAGUGAAGAGAUGAUUAGGAAAGUCUAUAAAUAAUUUAAACUAUGUCAGUUGAGAAUUGUUGCAUGUGUGAGGCACCAUAGUUUUGGCUAUUGGAAUAUGAGGGUAGAUCUUCAGCCACUAAUGUUGAACUGAACAUCAAGUUUGUUGUAGGACACUCUUAAUAUUUUAGAAUUGAUGAAAGCUCGGGGAAAAUAAAUAUAAUUUUGAUUUAUUUUAGUAGCUGAGAAGAUGAGGACGAGGUAGAGGGUAGGGGAGGCUAUGGAAAAUGGGCUUUUUGUAUGUCAAAUGUAAUUAUGUCAAUGAGUUAGCUGAGCUUUAGAAGGUUUCUGCUCAUUUAGAGCUUUACAUUUUUUGUGAAACAAAUAAUGAUGUAAUUCUAACUUGUGAACCAAAAUUUGCUUUCAACUGGAGGUUGUACUAAUCAACUUAUGGAAUACUU